UUGAAAACCUCAAGGACUUCUCUCAUGCUCUUGAAAGAAUCACAUGCAUGUGCUUGACCGACACAGAGAUACAAGAGCUUCCUACGUGGGUCAAUAAAAUCUCUCGUCUGAGUGUAUUCGUGCUUAAGGGAUGCGGAAAGUUGGUAACACUCCCAGCCAUUUCAGAGUCCAUCCGUUACAUGGAUGCAAGUGAUUGCGUGUCCCUGGAGAUAUUAGAGUGCUCCUUUCAAAAUCAAUACCUUACGCUCAACUUCGCCAACUGCUUCAAACUGAAUCAAGAAGCGAGAAACCUCAUGAUCCAGAAUAGUUGUAGAUAUGCAGUCUUACCAGGUGGACAAGUGCCUCCACACUUCACUCACAGAGCUACUGGUGGAGGUCCUUUGACAAUCAAGUUUUCUGAAAAGCCUCUUCCAAAGUACAUGAUAUUUAAAGCUUGCAUUUUGCUGGUUAAUAAAGUCGACGAUGACGCUUGCUCUGAAGAGAACUCGAUGGAAGUGGAUGUCAUAUAUCAAAAUAGCAAUAAAAAGCUGUAUCCGGCUUUAGCAGAGCAUUUGUACAUAUUCCGAGUCGAAGCGGAGGUUACUUCCAGGGAGCUUCUCUUUGAGUUCAAGCUGAAAAGGGAUGAUGUUUGGAAGAUAGGAGAAUGUGGGAUAAUCCGAGACGUGGAGAUUCCUUCAUGUUGAUGAGAGUUUGAGAGCUGGGGUGGCCAUGGCAGAUUUGAAACAUAAAGUUGUCUCUGUUUUUUGUUCUCUAGUGUAUUCCUCUGUUUUUUUUUUUUUUUUUUUGAAAAGUUGAUGGGUGGUAUGAAAUUAAAUGAAAGUCCUUUCCUCAACUAAAUAUAUGUACCUGAAACUCAAAUGUGGGUGAGGAGAUCAAUGUGUUGUACACGCAUGUGUUGACAGAUUUAGCAAUUGAAGAGCCGGAGAUGAAAAGAAUGGUAAACGCUAUAUGUAGAGCCUUUGGUACACUUAUAAGUAACACGUAGUGCUGAAGAGGCUUGUUACUGUCAUGUUGCAGUUUGUUAGAGCA